AUGGCAACAUCCGCUGACCUCUCCAAUCUAAAAGGUCAACUUCAUGUCAGAGCUAAAGGUCAUGACAAGUGUCCCAGCCACAGGAAAAACCAAGUGGUAUUUUUAUGUCAGGACUGUGACACCCUGAUUUGUGCUACCUGUUCCAUUACAACACAUAGAAAUCAUUUUAGCAGUUUCGCCGAAAUUUCGGAGACUACUCAACAAUACAAAAAUAGACUUCAGGAAUUUGUUAACGAAAAUGAGGACAAACGAAUCCCGAAACUUAAUGUAGAAACGAAAUCAACCAAGGAACGUCUUUCAACUUUAAAAUCUAAAUACAAAAACAUUCGUGAUAAGAUGAAAUUAGAACGAGAUCAAUGUAAAGAUAUAUUAGAUAGAAUAACAGAAGAUUACCUAACAUUAUGUGACAAGAUGGAGGACGCAGAAACAGAGUUACUUACGUCACACAUCACAUACCUUGACGAAAGGAUAGACACUUUGGUGAAACUUUCAUCAGAGUGUAAGCAGACCCUCCAGACAGGAACUGAUGUACUAGUGUAUGACUCAGCAACAGAAGUCCGGGACAUGGACAUCAACAUCCCACGGAUACCUGACACAGGUAUGAUAGAGUUUACUUCUAGUAAGGACAAGCUAAGUCACCUAAAGCAGGCCAUGGGGGUGAUGAGGACACCUACUGAUCAUCACCGGGUAGUAUCAGCAACUGGCGGUCACUAUAACCAUGGUACAAUAGUGAAUCAAAACCAGUCUACAGAGAUGGGUCAAGGGUCCACUGCAGCAGUCCAAUGUUUUAAACUGUGUGAAAGUCCAACUACUAAAUACAAGUUCUCAUAUAAGGACAGCAUCUCAUCAAUCUGUCCUACAUCUGAUGGACGUGCCUGGUUGUGUGAUUGGAAUACCAACACAAUUAACCUCAUCAACAACAAAGGUAAAGUCUUACAGAAGAUACAACACAACAGUAACAUUACAGACAUCAGUCUAGACCCCAACACAGGUCAUAUGUGGUUCUGUUGUAGAGAGGAGAGCACUAUAUAUGAACUAUCUACAUCAUCUACACCAGUCAGAAGGUUUACUACAGAGUGUGAUCCACACAGCCUGUGUGUGACCAUGGAGGGACGGGUAGUGGUGGGUACAUGGGGUAGACAGGGGUACAAGGUAGUGACAUACGAAACAGAUGGUCAGGUGGUACAUACAGUCACUGUGGAGAGGUCAGGGGCGGGUGUUGUACAAUCCAUCACACAGUGUCUUGUUUCAGGUAACAUAGCUGUAGUGAACAACUACAGACGUCACGUCAUUGUGUAUAAUCCAAAGCUCCAGCCCCUGGUCCACUACCGGAGGGAGGGGAUACAGGCACGGGAGGCGGUCACACCUGACAAGUUCUGUCCGAUCACAGCGAUAUACGACAGUAAGGGUAAUAUUGUUAUUCCUGACUGGAAACGGAAAACAAUAGAUCUGAUUACUGGAGAAGGGAAGUACAUAAAAACACUCCACACAAACAAAGGACCACAGGGAGUAGUAGGUAUACAGAGGGAUGAUGUGUUGUGGUCCCACUUAGUGUUAGAUACUGGAGAGUUGGGAUUCAAACUCCUCAAGUACUAUAGUGACUGA